CAGCAGGAAGGUCAGCUGCUAAUAGAUGCUGCAGAGAAGAAGUGCUACAAUAGAGACGUUUCCAGAAGAAGAAGUUAAGAAGUUAUCAGAGGUCAAGUACUACUGGAACACAUAAGAACAUCUGCUUCAUCUUCUUCUUGUUCAUAGAAAGCUCUCAGGUCCAGGACCAGCCACACCUCUUAUAAAAUACAUCCAACACAUCUGCAUCUUUCCUCCUUGUCUCCUUUCCUUCGUCUUCCUCUCCUCUGGUGUGAUAUCACCAUGGACCGCUCGGCGAAGGAGCUGUUCCUCAACUUUAUGAUCGUCUUAAUCACUGUGCUGCUGAUGUGGCUGCUGGUGAAAGUUUACCAGGACUGAACCAUGGCGCAACAAGAGCGGAGAUGAAUGAGAGGCAGUGGACAUGGAGAGAUAUGUGUGUGAAGGGAAGCCAGCAUGGUAACUGUAGGACUUUGCUGCUGAUUGAUUCUUGUUUAGACACAGUGUUUACAUCUUUUCAUUCUUUUAUUCGAUGAGCACUGGUUUGGUCCAGAACUCUAGUUUGUAUUUGAUUGCCAUGUGAUUGCUGCAGACAGGGCAGAUUGUCAAUGACAAACUAGUCUUGGAUCAGUAUUUGUAUUCUGAUGUGUUUUUUUUUAUGUGGCCUUGAAUCUUUGGCAAGAGCCAAAUGGGAAGUCACAGUCAAGAUGGGAGGGUGUAAAAAAAAUAAAUAAACAGGAGUUUUAGGCUCUAGUUUUUCCUUCAAAGUGACAGCUAUAAAAACACACUGCAAUGUCACUAUAAACAGUAGUUUAUACCUGUCACUGUGUACCUUUGAUACAUUGAACCAUUUGAUACAUUUACUUAGUGAUGCAUGUGUCAAGUGUAGAGACUGUAUCUACUCAAAGAAUAAGACACCAACACAAAUAAUGAAACAUGUUUAUGUUUACUUCUUGACAUUAAACAGUCUUUCAUUU